GCUGAGAAGAGCCAGUUUCAGCACCCUAAUCAAUUCGUCGCCGCCGAAACUACACACUGCUUAAAAGUAAUGAACUUAAACCAUUGUAAAGUGCAGCAGAAGCCAGUACUGGUUUUGGCGGUCUAAGCUAUUGCUUUGCCUUUGGGUUACGCUUGACAUGCUUACUACUGACUGGUGACCGAGUAACUGCAAUGCGUCGCUGUCACUGUCGCUAAGAUCGGAACCGCCGGGACUUUCCAAUGCGUCGCUGUCACUGUCGCUAAGAUCGGAACCGCCGGGACUUUCCGUCAAAUUUACUGCCGGUGCAUUGGGAUGGCUGCUAUCAGCGUCGACCCUCCGCAUAUGACAUGCACGGGAGCGGCGUGCGCGACCUGUAGCAACGUCGCUCCGGGCAAGCUCCUGCGCUGCUCCGCCUGCCAUUCGGCGUGGUACUGCAACCAGGACUGCCAGCGCAAGAGCUUCAAGGAGCACAAGCCUUUCUGCAAAGCCCUCCGGCUGUUUCAUGCGCUCCAGGCAGACUUGCCGCCGGAGUCAUGGCCGCGCACCGCCCACGAGUUCUACGUCCAGCGCAUCAACUGCCAGCAGCUGCUGGAGCCCAUGCUGGGUCGGCCGCUGAGCCGCGCCGAGCACCGGGCGCUGCUGGGGGAGGCCAAGUGCUCGGUGUGUGUGCGCACACGGGCGCAGCUGGCGCGCAAGGCAGGCACGGCCACCGCUCCAAACGCUGCCCCUAGCGCUGGUGCUGCUGGUGGUGGUGCUGCUGGUAAUGGUGAUGGUGAUGGCAGCACGAAGGCGACAGCGGCAGCAGAGGCCUGGGCAGCAGGGAAUAAGGAUGGCGCCAGCGGCGGUGAUGGAGGCAAGGCCGCCGCCGAUAAAGCUUCAGAGCCGGCUAUGGAUGUGGCCGGUGCCAAGGACGCCACCACCACCCCUGCACCCGCGCCAGCGGGCUCAUCUGCCGCAGCCGCUGAUCCCGCAACCGCCGCCGCCUCAACCGCCGCGGCCACAGCCGCGUCCGCCGCCGGCAGCCCGCUGACCUGCUGCCCGCACUGCCACUGGGGCUGGGUGUGUGGCGAGCACCGCGACGCCUACCUGUCCGGCCCGCACGCGGUGGUGUGCCUGCCCUAUCGCCACAUGAACGAGUCGCAGCUGCUGACGCAGCGCUACCUCACAGCCACCGGCCGCGUGCCCAACUACGUACCCGACACGCCGCGCCGCCCCACCACGCUGCCGCCCGAGGCAGCCAAAGUGGUAGCCACAGCCGCGGCAGCCAAGGGCCGCGCCGCGGAAGCAGCGGGCGGGUGUGCGGCCGGCGCGGACAGCAGCAGUGGUGGCAGUGGCAGCGGGAGCGGGAGCGGGAGCAGUGGGGGUGGGGGUUGGGAGCCAGUGCCGGCUGGCGGUUGGGCGGCGUUCCAGGGGUGGCGGCCGCUGCCGGUGUUUGACCAGGCGCUCAUGUGCCUGCUCACCAAGCGCGUGUCGCAGGCGCUCACAGUGAUACAGGCGCUGCAGCACCACUACAGCCCGCAGCAGCUGGCGGCGCGCAGCAGCUUGGAGGUGCACGUGCUGGGCGCCUCCGCCUUCGAGGUGCCCGCAGACCGCAUCUGGGAGGAGCUCCUCAACCUGCUGCCGCCCUUCGACCCCGCGGCCGCCGCCGCCGCUGCCAUGGAGUCCCUGUCCGCUGAUAACGGCGCCGGCAGUGGCAAAGACGGCGGCGGAGGCGGCAGCGCCGGCGCCAGCGGAGACGGUAUGGCGGCUGCGGCGAAGGCGGCUGGCCGUGGUGACGGCGGCAGUAGUAGCAGCUGUUUUUCCAAGGAGGCGGCGCCGCGGCGGCUGCAUGUGGCGUUCGUGGGACCGGAGCUGUGUGACAUCAUAGUGGACGAGAGCGACGGCCGGGCCAUGCCGCAGGGCACUGCACUGUCCGCACCGCCGCCGCCGCCGGGCCGCGAGCUGCUCUACUCCUACCACCUCUGCACCUACCAGGAGUACGCCGCCGGCCGCAUCCCACGCAGCGAGGCGCCCGGCGCGCCGCCGCCGCCGGCCGGCUCAGUAGCGGCGCCGUGGCGGCGCCCUGACCUGGCUGUUGCCUUCAACAGCGGCAUCAGCGAGAGCGAGCAGAAGCUGUGGGCGCCGGCGCUGCAGCUGCUGGUGCGGCACGGCGUGCCGGUGGUGUUCACAAGCUAUAACGCCCACGAGGCGGAGGGCGACGCGGCGGCCUGGCGCGCGGCGGGCGGUGUGGUGACCCUGGGGCCGGAGCGGAACCCGUACCGCGCGCUGGAGCCCAUUUCGGAGCCGUCACAGGUGGACGUGUUCUACUACCAGAACUACUACUGGUGGUGCGGCCGGACCUAGGAGCUCCAGGGGGCAGGGGGCACUGGCGCGGAAGCCUCAGUCUGGUUAUCAGUCAUACGAAAAUAAAAUGGCCACUAAAACGGCCAUUAACCGCAGCUGCGACAACUUCAGGCUCUCGCAAACUGCGCUGGUGGUAGCGGGCUACCCUCUUGCCGAGGACCCGAAGACCCGACCCCUGAUCCGGUCUGUAGUGUGGGAGAUAGUUGACAGCGAGCUGAACGUGGUAGGGGAGCCCAUCCGCCGCGCGGCCAACUUGGCGCUCGUCGCCCGCGGGUCCUAUUUGUUUCCCGGUGCCGCGCCUGCACUUUGUAGUGCCAGCAGAGAGGUACGCGAAGUUCAAGCUGACGGGCGGCCGCACCUGGGCGCCGUCAAGCCAGACGGCAUCACAUGUGAAGCUUUACAUCAUGAAGGGUGUGCACGCCCAGCUGAAGGUGUGCGCCCGGUUGGGGCCCAUGGCCGGGAGCAGGGGGCACAGGCAGGAGGGACUCGAAGGAGGUAAUGUUAUAAAUGAUAUGCCGGGGGCGAUGGAUACUGUUUAGCAUGCUGUGGCGCCUUACACGUACGUAUUGAGUCUGGUGUUGACAGGCUUGGGCGGAUGAGUGCAUCGCUGGCUGACGGGGUGGGUCUAGCCUUUUGAGAAUUCAAGGAGAAAUCGAGGAAGUCCAUAUGCGAGCUGGGAAAUGUGGCGGUGUGCAUUCGGUGCUUUCAGCUGUGUCAGCAGGUGCUGCGGGUGUGUUGCCCUGGUCUGCUGGCGCAUCAUUGGGAAUGCGACAGGAUAUAUAUGGAUACGAGCUGUGAAGGCUUGUGGUCGAAGGCGUGUCUGGUCGCCCGGCUGGCUGCGGCGCAAGCUUCCGGGUGGGGGUGUGCGUGCGGGAGGGGAUGACGAGUGUUGCGGAACUAAUGCGUACGUAGACCAGAGCGGAAGGCGGAGUGGGCUUGCAGGCGGCACGAGAAUAGGCAGUCAGUAGCGCAAGUUGCGAAUUGCAUGUUACCUCGUAACCGACGGUAAACGCUGUGGACGGUCGCGCCCAUGGCUGGCUGACGGAAGGUGGCUGCUGUAUUGGGAUGGCUGGGCUGGACGACGCCGGCCGGGCUGGCGUUGGGACUACCAGAAAGGAUGCGCCCAACCUGGAGAACACCAGCGCCACCGGUGCCCAGCACGACAUGUAAGGGAGGGAGGGAGGGACAGGAGGCGUGAUGCACUGCAGCGUAGAAGCUAUGGCGCUAGGCGCGAGGCAAGCAACGUCAACCCCAAAGCAACCGCAAGGAUGCGGAUUACAAUUGAAGGGACAGCCCGACAAGCGGGGGCACGCCGUACCCACGCCGCGAAGGGCCAUCUGCGACCCAGAGAAACAACACCCGCCCCCUGGUUGGCUGCCGACCUUCAUAGUGUUACGCACAUGACCGCAAGGACAUGGUGCGCAAGCCGGGCUGCGGGCUGUGGCUGUUAUGGCUGUGCGCUGCGCGGGGUGACUAAACGAAGAGCAAGACUAAGUACGGGGACGUGAUGGAUGCGGUUAAAUGAGCAAGGGCGCCGGGCGGCCGAGGAAGUAACGACAGCGCGAUCGCUGCAUGGAUGGGGUCCUGCGAGCU